AAAAGAAAAAAAAGGAGAAAACAUUAAGGGGAACGAACAAAUCUAAGCAGAGUCACCGCUUUUCCCAAUCAACCAACCAUAACAGCAGACCCCACCCUUUAAAUCGGUCUCAAUCUCAAUAUCUCUGCAAAUCGGUCUCAAUUCUCUCAGUCCGACUUAGUCUCUCUCUCUCUCUCUCUCACCUUCCGUUUUCCCCAAAUCUACACGGCGAGCAGAGCUUGAAGAUCGUGUAGAGGAAUAUCUCCAUUCAUUGCUUGAGAAUUCUUAUGCCCUGAUUCCACGAGUUUUAACUUUCUCUGCCUGUGUUCAAGGGCUGUCUCAAGCUCCUGCACACGAUAUCUCCAUAUCUGGUGAACGACGACGAGGGACUAAGACGGCGAGCUACUAAUUGAGUUGUAACGGAGUUCUGCAUUGACAAAAAUUGAAAGUUGGAUGAGUUAAAUGAAAAAACUUAAAGACUCAGAUAGAGACGCAGAUGAUGAUGAUGCAGCAGCAGCAGCAGUUGGGGUUUGAAGCAAUAGCAUCAAAACCCUCAGACUCAGAAGCAAUGAUUGCCCUUUUGAUUCGUCACCUUCCUGAAGCUAUUCCUCAUGAUACCCUCUCCAGGCUCUUCUCCCACUAUGGUGCUUCUUCAGUCCGACCUUGCUCUUCUCCAAGAUUGAGAAACUGUGCGUUUCUGGAUUUCAACAAUGAAGCAUUGGCUUACCAGGCUCAACGUCAGUUAAAUGGGUUGAGGUUUCUUGGUAAAGUGUUAUCAGUGGAGAGAGCUAGUAGUAAUAAGCCAAACCUUGAUAACAAACUUCAAUCAAGUGAAGCUCGAAAUGACAAUGAUUUUGUACCACCAUCAUCUUUGGUCAAGGAUGCUACUCUCACCAAAGAUAAGACUCAGCGUUCAAUACCUUCUGCUGAACCCAUUGCCCCAAGGCUUGGUGUCGACUAUCCAUUCCCUCCUUACCUUGAGUAUGCUUAUCCUCCACCGGAUGGAAAUAUACUUACCAACAUUGUAAACGCUCUUAUUGCCGUUCCUCGCUUUUAUACACAGGUGUUGCACUUGAUGAACAAAAUGAAUAUCCCAGCUCCAUUUCGUAUGGCUCUCCCCACUCCACCCCUUCCUCCUUUGGUACCUGCACCGCCACCACCACCACCUCCCGUAUCUGCAAAGCCUCAUGCGGCAGAUCUGUCCAGUGAUGAGUCAGAAAUGGAAUCUUCAGAUGAGGAAAUUGAUGUAAAAGCCUAUUCUGUUGGAGCUUCAGCAGUAAAAAAAUCUGGUCGAAAGCGUCUCAGGCAAGAAGCAAUUGUGGGCCCUGCAGUUGAUAAAGAUGUCGCUCAUGAGGCUAUUGGAGUCAAACCUGCCACCUUGGUUCCAAAAGAAAUUCCAAUGAUUAAAAAGAAGAACCCUGUGUUACAGAUCAAAAUUGCUCCAAAAAUGAUUCAGAAUGAACAUAGGGAUGAAAGCACAGCAGAAGAAUUAGAGGAGCCUGACAAAGAAGGUUCAGAUAUUAAAUCCUAUGCAACCCCAGAAGAAUUAGAGGGUGGAAAGUUGCCUCCAGAGGAAAUUUUAUCGCUACCAAUGUUUAAGAAUUAUGCAGCUGGGAAUCCUGCGUCAGUGUUGUAUAUAAAGAACUUGGCAAAGGACGUGAUUGCUGAUGACUUCUACUUCAUAUUUGGAUCAUUAUUUGGAAGCAUUGAUGCAGCUAAAUCUGGUCUUAGCGUAAAGCUUAUGCAGGAAGGCAGAAUGAGAGGUCAAGCUUUUGUGACAUUUCCAUCAGCCGAAGUUGCCCAUCAUGCAUUGAAUCUAGUCAAUGGAUAUGUCUUCAAAGGCAAGCCAAUGAUAAUCCAGUUUGGUCGGAAUCCAGCAGCUACGAAAGCAAACUAAAUAAAUGUGCUGCAAGUGGAGUAAGCUCCUUAUACCACUGCUCCAUGGUUUGUUCUGUGUGGAUUGUUAAGCUAGCUGGAAGAAAAUCCACCUACCAGCUGGUAUCAAUAAUGUUGUGGGUUGAGCAUGGGCUUAAGUUUUUAUAACAUGAUCAUUUGCUCCUCAGUUGGCAAUAUGAACAACUGAUAUGUGGUUCAAAUCAUGGCACGUUCUUGACCAAUGGUUUGCAGAGGAUCUGCUGAUGCUGUAGACCACAAGAAACAGAGCUUUUGGAAAACAAAUUGCAUUUUCAAAACUUGUUUGGUGGAAGUAGUUGCAUCCUGUGGCCGUGGAAGAGAACAAUGUCAACAAUUCUACCAAUGGGGCAGCUAAGUUGGACAGAAUCCUGCUACAAAGGACUUUGAAGAUACAUAUCUAGGUGUUUUCAAUGUUUAUUCUUAUAUCAUCGUUGAAGUGUAACAGUCACUGUUGUCAACUCUAAGCUUCCUUCACAGGAAUCCAGACUGUUUCAUUAAUCUGAAUACAAGAAAGCGAUGGAAUGAUAGAACAUUUCAAUGGGCUUCAGAUCAAAUGGUACUUGCUACUUUCCUCCCUCGUAAGAUUAGGAUAGAAGGCGAUGGUGUGAAUUCAAAACUCAUUAAAUGCAACUUACCAAUCAACAAAUAAGUUUUCUGUACCAGAUGGCUUUGACUUUAGCUUAUUUAAUGCUCAUAUUUAUCCCAACUUGUACAAUUCGAUUAGAUAUGUUAGUUGUGCACUUCAAUUAUAAUGUU